GACGUGUUCGUGUUAAUUGUGAAUCGGCUUCCUUCCCUUAUGGAGCUUUUCCGCCCCAGUUUGCCGAGCUAGUCUGUAGCAUUAGAUCAGGUCAAAGGUCGAGCCGGAAAACCCAACUUUACGUAGUCAGCGGUUCGAAAAUUAGCCGGACACCCCACGUAGGGUCUUGUCUUGUGUGCGUUUUGAGAUAACAAAGGCUUGAGGUUCGGGCAUGCAGGCAUUCACCGGACUGUUCGGCCCGGCCGAUAGCGACACUCCCGGCGAAGAGCCACCGAGGGACGGGAACGGGAGGCAGGAGGUGGCUGAAGGAGCAAACAGCAUCGACAACCUUGAGGACUCGGAUGAAGACGACGAUGAUUACGAGGACAUGGACGACCUCCUCGACGAGGACGUGGAAGACGAGUUCCUAGAAAUCGACUCGGAGUACUGGGUGGAUGAAGCCGAUUCCGUCGAUGCCAAUUCGGAAGAAGACGAUGACGAUGAUGACGAAGGAGCUUUUUCAAUGGAGGUUCUACUCCGCCAUGGGGGUAUGGGCCGCCCGAAUGUGAGAAAGGCCGCUGCGGUGGCUGUACAGGAAGCGAGGGCCGCUCCAGGGGUUGAUCCGAGUAAGGAUGACUGGUUGCAGCCGAGAGACUCCGGCUACGAAGACGAUGGCAUCUUCGCUGAGGGUCUUGCAAUGGACUUCGACAAAAGGCGAUCAGUGCAUGACUUGUUGAGGGAUCGGGAGCGAGGGACCAUUAAAUCCCAUUCGGUCGUCCCCAUCGCGAAGACCUUCAUGCCCAACCGAUGCAAGUCUGUGAUCGCAAAGUACGGAUCACGAGCGUAUUCGGGGCAAUUCUCCGAGGAUGGAAACUCGUAUUUCACCUGCACGCAAGACUUCAAACUGCAUUUGUACGAUACGUCCGAUAUCUCCAACAUACGGAAGAAGAUUGACCUUCAGGGCCAUGUUGGCCAGUGGACUAUCACUGAUUGUUCUUUGUCGCCAAACAACGAAAAGAUGAUCUACUCUUCCAUCGCGCCGGUUGUCUGGCUGACCUCGUCAGACCCGGAGUCUGAGGACAGCUCGCAAAUACCACUUCAAUUCGAUAAUUCGUCCAUAGGGAGUUUUGCGAUUUGGUCUAUCCGCUUCUCAGGAGACGGGAGAGAGAUAGUGGCAGGCGCUCGGAACAACUCUUUAUACGUCUACGACAUCGAGACGCGCACAGUCUUACAUCAAAUACGAGGACACGCGAGCGAUGUCAAUGCAGUCUGCUACGCAGAUCCCAACUCGUCACAUGUCCUAUAUUCGGCUUCAGAUGACUCUCAUGUGAAGAUCUGGGACAGAAGAUCGCUGGGCAGAAACGCACAACCUGCCGGCGUCUUUAUCGGUCACACGGAAGGUAUCACCUAUGUUGCUUCGAAAGGCGAUGGCCGAUACGCCUUGAGUAACGGCAAAGAUCAGCACAUGAAGUUGUGGGAUUUGCGGCGAAUGAAGGAGCCCAAUCAAGUAAAGAACGACAUCACAAUGCAUCCAGGGUACUAUAGCGAGGAGGGCUUCGACUAUCGGCUAAUGCCCUACCCGGGCGAUUCCUCAUUCCGACAUCCCCAAGAUUGCUCUAUCCAGACUUACACCGGCCACAGUGUGCUCAAGACGCUGAUCCGGUGUCACUUCUCACCGGCUCACAGCACGGGGCAACGCUACGUGUACACUGGGUCCACGGACGGCAAAAUCCGCAUCUUCUCGCUAGAGGGCGAACUAGUGCGAACCCUCGACACUGGCGCCGUACUGAGCAGUACAGACUUCAGGAACGUAAAUCUGACCGAUGGUCCCGGAUACUAUGACUUCCUGAGGCCUAAUCGGUCGAAUAUGCGAAGCGUCAUCCGAGACGUGUCGUGGCAUCCGACUCUGCCAUAUAUGAUUUCGACGGCGUGGUGCGGCCCCAACCAGAUGUUUGGCGCCGCUAUAGCCCACGAGUAUGCAGACCCACAGUUGUGAAACAGUAGGAUUAGACUAACGUUGUUCUUCCUGGCCACGUUCGGAUGAUCCCCAAGGCAUUAUGGACUCCGUC